AUGAAGGCCGCCCUUGCUUUCUUCGCACUGCUGCUGCUGCUGCAGCUUCUCUUGUUGCAGGUGGGCAGCGAGGCUGCGCCGCAGUCGUGGCUGUCCCCAGACACAUGGCGGCUGUCUUACCCUCAGGGGUACUUGGCGGCGACCACGGUUGGCGAGGUCGCCCUCUUUGCCGGCGGCAACAACGAGAUCGGCGAUCCCUAUCGCGUGGUGGACCUAUUCAACCUGUCCUCCGGCGAGAGGACAAGCGCUCGGCUCUUCCAGCCUCGCGUCGGCCCGGCUGCCGCGUCCAGCGGCAACCUGGCCUUCUUCGCCGGCGGAGUUAACGGCUAUUCGGACCUAACCGACUGCUCGGUGGUGGACGUCUACAACGCGACGUCCAACCGGUGGACGUGGGUCACGAUCCACCAAACCUGCGAUGCGUCGGUGACGUUGGUUGGCGACCUGGUUCUGUUCGCCGGCGGCAUCUGGCCCAAACAAUCCGCACACGGCCCCGACUGUUCAGUGGUGAUCAUCUACAACGUGACAUCCAACCGGUGGCGCACAACCUUCUGUACCCUCUCACAGCCGCGCACCGGCAUAACGGCGACGACGGUCGGCAAUCUUGCUCUAUUCGCCGGAGGCGGCGUCUACAACUCAACGCCCGCAGUCUCCAAGCUCUCGGAUGUGGUCGACAUCUUCGACGUCUCGACGGGUCUCUGGAACACGGGACGGCUCUCCCUGCCUCGCAUGGGUAUCUCUGUGACAUCGGUGCGCGAUCUGGCGCUGUUCGCCGGAGGCUACACCACUGAUGUGAACGGCAACGUUGAGAGAGUUGAUCGCGUUGACAUCUACAACGCAUCAUCAAACCAGUGGAGCGUGGCUCAUCUCUCGCAGGCGCGCAGCCAAAUGGCAGCCAUGACGGUGGGCGACGUGGCCAUCUUUGGCGGCGGCUACAACGAUAAGCUGGGCGGCCCGCAGGUGACGGUGGACGCCUACAAUGCGUCCUCUGGCUGGUGGUUCAUGGCUGGCCUGCGCCUGUCGGAGGCUCGGAGCUCACUAGCGGCCACGUCCGUGGGCGGCUUGGCUCUCUUUGCCGGAGGCUUUUCGACGACGGGAUAUGCCGUACCCACGUUGGACGUCUUCAAUGCGUCCGCUCACCUCGUCUCGCCUUCAGCCGCGCCAUCAGCGACGCCUUCGGUGUCUCCCACAGCCUCCAUUUUCACGCUGUCUGUGUCGCCCUCAAGCUCCACUACGCCAUCACUAUCACCUUCAGUGUCGCCUUCGACCUCGCCCGCCAUCACGCCUUUGCCGCCCAGCCACUUGCCAUUGGAUCACAACGGCUCGAGCGACAACAAACUGGCGCUGGGCUUUGGUCUGGGUGUCGGUGUUACGGUGGUGGGCGGCUUGAUCGUGGUGGGUGGUGCAGCCACGCUCUACUACGUGAGGAAGAGACAACGCACGCGCGCCAGCUUCGACUAUCAGCCGGUUUUGCAGCUGUAA